AUGCAGACCGAACGAAAGCUCGCGUCGGACGAGCUCUUCCACAUCCUGGGCGAGUUCCCCACGCCGGCAGCGCACUCAGCUGCGUCGGUGGACGAUACUCUGGUCGGGUCGCAGCGCGCAUCGCUCGACGUCGCAGACACUGACGAGCCACCCAAUUGGGAGGCGAUCCGACUCUUCAUGCACGGCGAUGCUCGAGUAGACACGCCCGAUCGACCGCAAGACACCACAUCCGUCCUCGGUGAGCUUGAUGCCUACACUGCGAUCCUCACUCCGCCGGUCUCGCUCACGCCGCCCGUCUCGCCGCAGCAGAGCGAUGGGGAGUGCUCGACCGAAAGCCUUGCUAUUCUGACCGCGACGUUCGAGGCGCAGCUGGCGGGUGUCCGCGCGCGCGCAAGGGAGCUUACGGCCGAGCUCAUACGCCACCUCGACGGAAGAGGCAGCAAGAUCGAUGCGCUCGUCGUGGCGUCGGUGCGCAAAGCGGCUGCGCACGCUGGCGAGGCGGCUGCAAUGGUCAGCUGGUUCCGCGCCACCAAGCUCCAGCGCACGAUCAGGGCGGAUGGCCAGCAGCCGUCGACGCGUACCGAAUCGCAUCGAGACAGCGGUCGAGGCUGUGCACGCAAGUCGCACGGACAGCUUCAAGAUCGAGCUGGUACGCCGACGGCUUCCGCAUCGAGCUCACCAAAUCCGGCUCGACGCCUAUCGCCGACCCCGCACACCGAUCCCGCAAAGCCUCUGCCCUCUCCUCCCGCCCCGGUUAGGGAGAGAUCGAGCAGCGUAGUGCGGCACCACGAGACACACGCACUAGUCCGCUCAUCCACCGAGCCCCAACGCCACGCCCCUUCCUCCACCUCUCCUCCCUCCCUGCCGAAGCUUCUGCCAUCGCGCGGGCUCUUCAUGUCGCGCACCGCACGCAUCGUCAGCCCUGCCCAACUCACCACACGCAUCGCCAACCCCGCGCUUGAAACCGAUCCUCCCACCACCACCGCGCGGGUUCCACGCAAAGCUUCGCUUCGUUCACUCCUGCACGUGCUGUAA